CAAGAUGCAGGACCCCAAUGCAGAUACCGAGUGGAAUGACAUCUUACGCAAAAAAGGCAUCUUGCCCCCAAAGGAAAAUUCAAAAGAAUUGGAACAGGAAGAGGAGGAGCAGCGAGUCCUUCAGCAGUCAAUUGUGAAAACAUAUGAAGAGAUGACUUUGGAAGAGCUGGAGGAGAAUGAAGAUGAAUUUAAUGAGGAGGAUGAACGUGCUAUCGAAAUGUACAGGCAGCAGAGACUGGCAGAAUGGAAAGCAACUAAACUCAAGAAUAAAUUUGGAGAAGUUUUGGAAAUCUCAGGAAAAGAUUAUGUUCAAGAGGUUACCCAAGCUGGCAAGGGUUUGUGGGUAAUCUUGCACCUUUACAAGCAAGGGAUUCCCCUCUGUGCUCUGAUCAAUCGGCACUUCACUGAACUUGCAAGGAAAUUUUCUGAUGUUAAAUUCAUCAAAGCUAUUUCAACAACCUGCAUACCCAAUUACCCUGACAGGAAUCUGCCCACAGUGUUUGUUUAUCUUGAAGGUGAUAUCAAGGCUCAAUUUAUUGGUCCUCUAGUGUUUGGUGGCAUGAACUUGACGAGAGAUGAGUUGGAGUGGAAAUUGUCUGAGUCUGGAGCAAUCAAGACAGAUCUGGAAGAAAACCCCAGGAAACCUGUAGACGACAUGUUACUGUCAACAGUACGAAGUUCAGUCCCCACAAGGGGGGACAGUGAUUCUGAGGACGACUGA